AAUUCACAAUGGGUUACAAGUUAAGUCGUUAACAGAAUAAUAAAAAUUAAUUCACAAUAAUGAUCAGAAAAUUUAAGUAAAUAACGCAAUGGCAAAAAUUUAAAUUUAGACUGGUAAACAUCCUCCCGCCGUUGAAAGAUAUUUCAACUAAAUGUCUAUGAAUAGCGGGCAUAGCUUGGAAAUCGGUCGCUUUGCUUCUCCCUUGGAUGUUCUCACGGAUACAACUCGAACUAGACCAUCAGCUCCCGGAUAGAUUUGAGUAAUUCUACCAACGAGCCACUGGCAUGGGGGCUGAUUGUCGUCUUUGAUGAUAACGAUAUCAUUUAUUUCGAUGUCUUUGAGCUUCUCAGCCCAUUUAUUUCGUUUUUGGAGCUGACUGAUGUAAUCGCUCGACCACCUUUUCCAAAACUGUUGAACAAGUCGCUGAACAUACUGCCACCUCUUUAACGUUUUAACGCCAUCGUCUAUGGGCUGGUCAGGAACACUUGUCAUGGGACGCAUAAUUAAAAAAUGCGCUGGCGUAAGAGGAUCAACGUCUCCUUCAAAACGGGAACACAACGGUCGAGAAUUGGCGCAAGCUUCUAUCUGACAAAGUAUUGUUGUAAAUUCCUCGUACGAAACUAUGGUAUUGCCUAGUAUUCUCCGGAGGUGAAACUUCACCGUUUUGACGCCUGCCUCCCACAGACCACCGAAGUGUGGAGCAUGUGGAGGUAUAAAGCGCCAGUUGAUGCCCUGGGUCGUCAAAUCGUCGGUGACAUCACCCUGAAAUUGGUCUGAGAAAAAUUGUUUGGACCAUUCGCGAAGCUGAUUAUUGGCACCGAUGGAAUUCGUGCCAUUGUCGCUGAAGAUGGUGUCGCAACGGCCACGUCUGGCAACGAAACGUCGUAAGGCAGCUAUAAAGGCUUCUGACGUCAAAUCCGUAACUGCUUCUAAAUGAAGAGCCUUGGUAGCUAAACAGACGAAUAAGGCGAUAUAGGUUUUAAAUCGCUUGGCACCACGACCUUUCCAAGAACUAACGAUAAAGGGACCAGCGUAAUCGACGCCGGUGUUGUUUGUAACAUUUGUAUGUUUACCUUAUUAUUUAUAUUUUUAUAACAUGUACCAAUACCAAGUAAAUUAGAUCGAACCAUUAUAAUCCUAUGUAUUAAUUUAUACCAAGCAGUAAAUCAAUGUAAUGUAAUUGAACGGUUUUGGCAGUCACUCGAAUAUUGUCCGCCAACCAAACAACAACUCUAAUCUUUAUAUUUUCAAUAGUAUUAAGAAAUAUUAUAAGUAAUAAAAUAAAUGAAUUCUUUUAUAAAAGUUACAGUCUUUCUUUAUUAAGAAUAAACACAACAAACUGGCGACGAGGAAAAAGUUAAAAGUCGUGCAAAUAAAAAAAAAAAAAAUUAAAAAAAAGUCAGUCACACAAAAAAAAAAAAGUGAAAAUGUCAAGUCGAUUGGUUGGCCAUAUCGAACCAUUUGUACCAGGUGCAAAUUUCAAAGCAUACGAGGACAGAAUUCAUCAAUUCUUCAUCGUCAAUGAUCUUCAGGAAGAAGCUAAGACUCCUUUUUUCAUCACAAUUGUGGGAGCUGAAAUAUAUGAAGUCUUGAUGUCCCUCACGAUGCCUGAUCUUCCAAGUUCAAAGGAUUUUUCAACCCUGAUGACUUUGCUACGUAAUCAUUUUUCACCAAAGAAAAAUAAAAGAGCUGAAAGAUAUGCUUUUUAUAAAGCCAAACAGGAGGAAGGUGAGCCAAUAAACGAUUUCAUAGUGAGAUUAAAAUCUUUGGCCCAAACAUGUGAAUUUGGUGGUUUUUUGAAAACCAAAACCACUGACAAAAUGGUGGCUGAUCACAUGCUUCAAAUUUUGGAUGAAAAUCUCACUGAUCGUUUUAUUAUUGGUCUUCGCGAUGAAAAAAUUCAACAAGUACUCCUAAAUGAUGAUUCCCUUACAUUCGAGAAAUACUGUGAGAAAGCGUUGAAUAUGGAGCUGUCACAAAAAACAUCGAGGUCAUUGCAAGCUGUGCCACAACAAGCAAUUUAUCGUCAACAAAGAAAUAACUAUUUCAAUCGUCAAAGUCAUCAAAAUGCAGCAAGAAAAAACAAUUCGCAUACACCAUCAGCACAGUCAAAUCAUCCGAGUCAGUCUAGUCAUUCGCAUCAGUCCAGUCAGUCCAAUCGUCGUUUCGAGUCCAACCAUCCAUCGUGUUAUCGUUGUGGAAGAAAUCAUAACCCAAACACCUGCCCUGCUAAAAAUUGGGAAUGUUUUCUUUGCCACGCAAAAGGUCACACAUCUACUUUCUGUAAAAAGAAAAAUCGAAAUCAAGUAAAUGCUGUCAACACACUUGAUACCGAAGCUAUGAGCAUAAACACCAUCGAGUCAUCAGACACAUGUGCACAGGGACCGCUCCAGUGUGAGUUACUUGUAAAUGGUCAACCUGUCACAAUGGAAAUCGACACAGGUGCAACAGAAUCAAUUUUAAGCGAAGCUGAGUUUAUUUUAAGAUUCCCUAAAGCAAAAUUAAAUAAUAUUGUAAAUAAUCUUUGUUCCGUUACAGGUAGCAUUAUAAAAGAACUAGGAAGUAUGAAUGCUGAAGUCAGUCUUGGAGUAGAAAAGUUCGUGUUAAAAUUAAUUGUGAUCGAAGGUCAAUGGCCCAAAAAGCCCCUACUUGGACGGACGUGGUUAGAUACCCUAUUUCCUAAUUGGAGACAACAUUUUUGUUUUGAAAAAAGAAUUCAAACUGUAAGUAAUAAUUAUUUAAACGUAGUCAGUGAAAUAAAACAAAAAUUUCCGGGUAUUUUGAAUAAAAAUUUAACAAGUCCAAUUGUCGGGUUCACAGCGAGCGUUGUUUUAAAAGAAAAUUCGAGUCCAAUAUUUCAUGCCGCGUAUAACGUUCCAUAUAAAUUACGCGAGAAGGUCGAAGCCGAGUUAAUUAAAAUGUGUAAUGAUAAAGUUAUUGAACCUAUUGAAUAUAGUCGGUGGGCGAGUCCAGUGGUGGUUGUCCCUAAAACAAUUGGUGAUAUUCGGCUUUGCGUGGAUUUCAAAGUUACUAUCAACAAAUUUAUAGAAACCGCAUUUUAUCCUUUGCCUAAUCCACAGGAUAUUUAUGCAAAUUUAGCAAAUUGUUCGGUAUUUUGCGUAAUCGACCUCACAGGUGCAUACCAACAACUUGCCGUCGAUCCAGCUUGUCAGGAUUUGUUAGUUAUUAAUACUUUAAAGGGUUUAUAUCGCUGUCUUCGAUUACCCUUAGGUGUCGCGAGUGGUCCAGCGAUAUUUCAGUCCGUAAUGGAUCUUGUGCUCCUUGGUUUUAAAAACGUAUUUUGUUAUAUCGAUGACAUUCUCAUCGGUGGUGCUUCAGAGGGUGAGUGUAAAAAAACUUUGUUUGAAGUGCUAGCAAGAUUGGAUAAACACAAUAUUCGUAUAAACAUCGAUAAAUGUAAAUUUUUAGAAGAAUCGGUCGCGUAUCUGGUUCAUAAUAUUUCUGUCCGAGGUAUUACACCAAAAGACGAUAAGGUCAAAGCUAUUUCUGAGGCACCUGCACCUCAAAAUAUAACUCAGUUACAGUCAUUUUUAGGUCUAAUAAACUAUUAUGGUAAAUUUAUACCUCAUUUGUCUACGAAGCUAAAACCUUUAUAUAAUUUGCUUCGUAAGGAUGUUGAAUUUUGUUGGAGUGUCGAGGCACAAAACGCCUUCCAAAACUGCAAAAAAUUGCUUUUAACAAAUAACAUUCUUGAACUUUUCGACCCAUCGAAACCAAUAAUUGUAGCAACUGAUGCCAGCCCGUAUGGUGUUGGAGCUGUGCUUUCGCACAUAGUCAAUGGGGUCGAAAAGCCAGUCAUUUUCGCUUCCAGCACUUUGUCUGAGUCUGAAAAGCACUACUCCCAGCUUCACAGAGAGGCUUUAGCGAUUGUAUUCGCAGUCAAAAAGUUCCAUAACUAUUUAUAUGGUCAAAAAUUUGUCAUUUAUACGGAUCACCAAGCGCUCCGCGAGAUUUUUAAUCCCAACAAGGGAACUCCCCCUGUAGCUGCUUCACGUCUUCAGCGUUGGGCAGUUAUACUAUCCAUGUACCUUUAUACAAUCUCAUAUAAACGCGGUUCGCUCAUGUCAAAUGCCGAUGGUCUAUCUCGUUUGCCAAUCAAAGAAAGUACAGACGUAGAGCCAGUUGGCAUUAAUUUUUUUUCGUCUGAAAAAGAUUUUUUUCUUCAGCCUUCACUUAUUAAAGAACAUUUAGUACAUGACGAUGUGCUCAAUUCUGUUUAUUCGUUUUUAAUGGGUGGAUGGCCAAAACAAAUUCCACAGUCCUGUUUAGCAUUUUUCAAAAUUAAAAAUACGCUUUCCACAGAUGAUGGUUGUAUUUAUAGAGGAAAUCGCAUAGUUUUACCAAAUUGUCUAGUGAACUCAUGUUUGAAAAUUUUACAUACAAAUCAUACUGGCAUAGAACGUAUGAAAAUGAUUGCCCGUUCCUAUGUCUGGUGGAUUAAUUGCGAUAAGGAUAUCGAAAAUUUUUCAAAGUCUUGUGAAAUUUGUCAAAAGACUCAAAACGUAAAAAGGGAAAUAGUGACAACCAAAUGGCCGCAGACUAAUUCGCCUUUAGAACGCGUUCAUAUCGAUUUUUUUUAUUUCUCCGGGAAAAGUUUUCUUAUUAUUAUUGAUUCUUAUAGCAAAUAUUGCGAAAUCAAAUAUAUGAAAAAUACAACAGCUGAAAAUACGAUCUCACAACUUGAAGAUUUUUUUGUCAUUUUUGGUUUUCCGGUAGAAAUCGUUUGUGAUAAUGGACCACCGUUCGGUUCCUUUAAAUUUCAAAAUUAUUGCUCUAAAUUCAAAAUUAAAUUAACUCAUUCGCCUCCUUACCACCCCAGUCAAAUGGACUUGCUGAACGUGCCGUACAAAAUGUUAAAAAAGUUUUAAAAAAAUUUUGUCUCGAAAAGGAAACGUCUUGUCAAGAAAACAUUAAAAACUUUUUGUUUACGUACAGAAAUACGCCUACAACUUCAACGUCCAAGACACCUUCAGAAUUGAUAUUUUCUUAUAAACCUAAAUUUUAUUUUGAUAUUUUGAAUACUAAAGUUAAAACAAAUUUGGAUUAUAAUAAAAAAUUUUGUAUUAAUAAUAGUUCUAAUGAAAUGUUAAAAAAAUUUAAAAAUACAAAAAGCCUAAAAUUUCAAAGUAGCAACAAAUUUAAAGUAGGAGAGCUUGUUAUGUAUAAAAGCGAUUUUAAAAAUUUCAUUCGAUGGAUUCCUGCAAAAGUCGAAAAAGUAUUAAGCAGGUUUACAUAUUUAAUAAAAGUGAACGAUUAUAUUAAGUUUGUACACGAAAAUCAAUUAAGAUACUCUAGUUUAAACGAUAAAGUUUUUAUAGCUGAUUCUUGUUCAAGAAAUAUAAAAGAAAAUAUUUGUAUUGAACCUAAAAUAAAAAUUGAAAAUGAAACCAAAAUUGAAAUCGAAAAUGAAAAUGUAAACCAAAAUAAAAAUAAAUUCAAAACAAAUAAAAAACGACAAAGAGAAGAGUAUGAAAAUGGUAAUUUAAGACCCUUAAGGCGCUCUAAAAGAGUUAAACAAAAACCAGAUAAAUUUGUACCUACUUAGUUUAUGAAUUUGAUUUAUAACGUUAUAUAAACAUUGUAUAUACUUGAAUAUUUUUAUUUUUUUUGUUUAAAGGUGGUCAUAAUCUAAGAAAGGGAAGAUUGUAACAUUUGUAUGUUUACCUUAUUAUUUAUAUUUUUAUAACAUGUACCAAUACCAAGUAAAUUAGAUCGAACCAUUAUAAUCCUAUGUAUUAAUUUAUACCAAGCAGUAAAUCAAUGUAAUGUAAUUGAACGGUUUUGGCACUCACUCGAAUAUUGUCCGCCAACCAAACAACAACUCUAAUCUUUAUAUUUUCAAUAGUAUUAAGAAAUAUUAUAAGUAAUAAAAUAAAUGAAUUCUUUUAUAAAAGUUACAGUCUUUCUUUAUUAAGAAUAAACACAACAUUGUUGAAAGCUAAUCCUGGUUCCAGUCGCUGCCUAGGUAAAUCUCCCAUCUGCUGUUUAAAGGGAAUAGCACGCUGUCUCAUACAAUUUGGGCAUUUAUAGAUGCAUCUCUUGACCGCGUGGUGUACAUCGAGGAUGAAAUGCUCCAACGAUAAUAAGUAUGUCAUUUGGCGAAUUCCCGCAUGAAGAUUACGCAUAUGACAAUCCAAAACGAUGAGGUCUGUUAAUCGAUGCUUCUUGUGAAGGAUUACAGGAUACUUUUGAUUAAAUGGCACCUCGGCAUUGGACACGCCACCUACACGCAGUACACCAUCUUCAUCAAUAAACGGGUUCAUUCUGAAGAUUUUGCUUUUCGCUGCAACGGGUUUAUUACGAAGUAAACAAUCAAUUUCAUCGGAAAACGAUGUUCUUUGUGAUAAUCUGAGUAAAGCGAUCUUAGCGGAAUGAAUGUCACUCGGUGACAACCACAAAUUAUUCAAAGGAAUCCUAGGCCUACGGUACUUUCGAAUUAGACGUAUACAACGCGCAACGACGCGAAGAAGUCGGUUGAGGCUACUAGACCAUUGAAAAAUAUCGAACUCAGGCUCGGCUGAGAUAGCGAAACAAGAAACUUCGGUUUCUUCGACGGCUAGGUUUGAAUUAGGCAGUUGCGUGAAAAUAACAUCGGAUUUUUGAAGGAAUAACGGUCCUUUCCACCACAAAUCUAAUGAAGGCAAAUGUUUGGGCAUAAUGCCUCUAGUACCACAAUCCACUGGAUUUUCUGCAGAGCGCACAUAAUGCCAAACUGAAGACGGUAAUUGAGCAGUAACUUGAGCUAGUCGAUUAUCGGCAAAAACGUUUCUAGGGCGAGGAUAUCCCUGGAUCCAAUGCAACACUGUCGACGCGUCUGUGUAUGGAAAGCAUUCGAUGUUAUGUGAGUUGAGUGACUCUUUAGUCUUGCUAAGCAGCUUGGUAAGCAGUAAAGCGCCGCACAACUCGAGCUUGGGAAUGGUCAACUUCUUUCUAACUGGUGCGACACGCGUUUUAGCACAAACGAGCGAUGUGGAAACGCGUCCAUCAGCUCUUUUAACACGACAGUAUACUGCUGCAGCAUACGCGGACUCAGACGCAUCCGCGAAUCCAUGCAGCUCAAUCAAUUCCCCUUUUUCAUGCUGGAUCCAUCGGGCAAUACGAAUUAAUGCAAUGUUUUUUAGAUCCGCCCUAAUAUCAGCCCAUUCGUCGUAGAGUUCUGAAGGAAUUAUCGAAUCCCAACUUACUCCUUUAAGCCAUAACUUCUGCAUAAAAAGUUUCAUUUUGAUUAUGGUAGGCGAAAGCAAGCCUAGUGGAUCAAAGAUCCGAGCGAUAUCAGAUAAAACCUCCCUCUUGGAUAGUUGGGAUCGUAACGACGGUAACUGUAGACUGUAUUUGAAAAUAUCAGCUUCAGUAUCCCAAACUAAACCAAGUAAUUUAACGCUAGAGUCACCCAUCGGCAGGUCACUUGAAAUUUCGAGGCUUUCGGCUUCAAAUGUUGAUAGAAAUGUCGAAGAGUUAGAAACCCAUUUCCGAAGCUCCAUACCCGAUUCCCUAAGGAUUUUACACAAAUCGUUUUUAGUUUGAACCGCGUCUUCAACCGAGUAGAACCCUUCGUUGUAAUCAUCGAUGUAAAAAUGAUACUUAAGGCUGUUGCUGGCCUGAGGAUAUAUUGUUGAACCGUUAAUACCUAUCUGCUUGAGUACUCUGGUAGUAAUAAAGGAUGCCGGAGCCGUUCCAUAAGUCAGAGUCAAGAGGCGAUAGUCGAUAGGCUCUUGGUUAACGUCCUCUCUCCAAACAAUUCUUUGGUAGUUGCUGUCAUCGUCGUUGAACAAGAUUUGGCGAUACAUUUUAGCAAUAUCCGCCCUUACUGCUACCGCGAAUUUUCGAAAUCCUAUUAGCGAGGUCACGAGAUCGUUUUGUAUGACAGGUCCUACCAUCAAGCAAUCGUUAAGCGAAAUGCCAUUACUUGAUUUACAAGACGCAUUGAAUACUACCCUCAGCUUUGUCGUUGUGCUAGAGGGUUUUAAGACGGCGUGGUGAGGCAUAUAAAAGGAAGGCUGAUGUGAUUCGCUCGGCGAAACGGGUGCCAUGUGACCUAAUAGCUCAUACUCACGCAUAAAUCGGAUAUAUUCCUGUUUUAGAUCAGGAUUAUUAACAAAUCUUCGUUCCAUAGAAUGAAGGACACGAAGAGCCGCAUUCCGUGAGUUCCCGAACUCAACGGUUGACGUUUUAAAUGGAAGCCUUAUUACAUAUCGACCAUCGGGCCGAACACAGUGGGUUGAAACGAAGUGAUUUUCGAUCUGCUCAUGAACGUCUGAUUGCGAAGAGUGGAUCUCUGGAAAGUCUUCAAAUCCCAAAAAUCUUUGGAACAGAUAAUCGAGAUCAAUCGCAGUUGUAAAGAUUUUAAAUUGUUGCUGACUAUCAGAAGAAAUGUUUCCUGCGAGUAUCCACCCGAAAGCAGUGUUUUGAGCUGUUGGCGAACCUGACGGAUGAACGAUUUUACCAUCCGAAAGAAUAUCGAAGAAAACAUCAGAUCCGAGCAAAAUAUCGAUUUUACUGGGUUUAAAACAUUGAGGGUCAGCUAGCUGAAGAUUUUCGAAAAACGCAAGUUUUGAUUUUGGAAUCGGUAAAGUAGGUAAAUCGCCAGUCAAUUUUGAGAGUAUGUAUGCUUUUGUAGAAAUUAUAAACUUUGACUCACCUGAUGAGUGUAAACUCAAACUUACAACUCCUCUUGUUCCCAAGGAACUCCCGUUUUGCCCAAUUCCAUGAAUAGGUAUUCUAGCGUGAGAUCUCUUCAAAUUUAACCGUUGUACGCAAUCUUCUGAAAUUAACGUUGCCUGCGACCCGGAAUCAAGCAAUGCUCGGCAUUUAUGUAGCUGGCCGCGAACGUCAACAACAGAAAUUAUAGCCGUAGGUCAAAGUGUGUAGCACUCUCGGAGCGCAUGAUUGACUGAAUGUACCGACAUUCCACAAGCUAUAUUUUUUGAACAACCCGGUAAACUUACGUCAGGCCCAACGUGACCUUGAUGUAGCAUCGUAUUAUGUUUUUGCGAGCAAAGCCUACAUACAGAAAAUUUACAAUCAGAUAUGUUAUGUUUUACGCGGAGGCAAUUUUCAAAAAUUUUAUUUGAUUUUACUAGUUCAACGCGCUAGUUCUGUCCAUUGGUACAGAAAGUGGUUUCGUUUACAUUUUAUGCACGGUUGUAUACAGGGUGUCCCAAAAGUUAACGUCGAAACGAAAACGGUAGAUAGGGUAGGUGGUGACAGUUAUCAGAAAAAUAAUAAAAAAAAUCGCAGCCAUAUAUUUUGGGAGUUAUGGGCAUUUGAAAAAAAGUCGAAAAAAUGGUCACCCUGUGACGGUUUUUCAUGUGCCGUGACUACAAAUCUUAAGUUUUCUCAUUUUUUUCUUUUGUUACGGAACCUUGAAUAACCCUGCUAUCAAAUGCAUUCAAAAAUUUUAACUCAGCUACAUCAGUUUUAAAGAAAAUAUUACUUUUUUUUUUCAUUUGAAUAGUUUUUUCAAACGAUAGUUUUUCAUUUGAAUAGCUUUUUUUUAUUCGAUAGUGUUUUCAUUUGAAUAGUUUUUUCAAACGAUAGUUUUUUCAUUUAAAUAGUCUUUUCAAACGAUAGUUUUUUCAUUUGAAUUUUUUUAUAUUCAGUUCCUGUUUACUUUCAGUCUAUUAGAUUGUUUUUUUUUUUUUUAUUUAGUCAUAAUUUUAUUUCUCUACUAUUUUCG